AUGGGGUCCAAGUUUGGGGCUUUGAGGGUCUUGGUGCUUGCCAAUGUUGGGUUGUUGGAGGAUAGCAACUUGGGUUCGAUCACAAACUACUUUCCCUCGCUCAAAGUGCUCGACAUUAGAAAUUCGAGGUUGACCCGGGUCACCGAUGAUGGUAUCUCGUUCCUGUCGCAGAGUUACGAGAGGUUGUGGCGAAUCAACAUUUCGGAUAAUCAGUCCGUCUACGAUCGGUCUCUUGUCGUUCUGUCCGUGAAUUUGCCGUGUCUGAGGUUGUUGGGAGAAAUCGACUGUGGGGCACUUACUGGGAGAGGUAUUGCUUCGUUGAUGAAGAACAAGCCUGACUUGGUAUCCUUGGCCCCGACUUUCAUGAGAAAGGAGACGAUUUUCUGUGAGGAGUUGGUGGAUUCCUUUCGUCAUGCUUGGAGUUUGAGUAGGCAGGAAUUCUCGUGCUCAUAUAUAUGGGAUGGGUUGCUAAUGUCUGUCGCGGAGGCAAAUAUUCCGCUACAAAGCCUCGUUCUUUCGCAUGCUUCGGGGUUCUCAUUCGAUGGGAUUCAGAAGAUCAUGCUAAAGCACCCAGGUAUCAAGGUCUUAGAUUUGGGGGGAAUAGAUUUCCUCACGGAUGAGGUCAUGGGAGUGAUAUGUAGAGAUAUCCGCAGCCUGACCUCAGUCGACGUCAGACACUGCUUAAAUCUCACGAAGACGACAUUGUAUAACCUCAUGAGACAAUGUCCCUUCCUAAAGCAUAUCGUUAUGAAUUGGACGAAACCAAGGAUGGAUGAUGCUAUUGAAACUGUUAUUGUGGUGAAUUCUCAAGUGAGGUUUCUUGGCAUAGCUGGUAAUGUGAGUUUGAUCGAUGAAUGCCUCAAGAAGAUUGGACGUAUGUGCCCCAACUUGAGGUAUCUUGACGUGGGCCAUUGUGGGGGGACGGCAUUUGGGGUGUGCUGAAGAGCUGCUCUGAAAUCAAGCAUUUGGAGAUGCGUGGUUUA